CUGCUGGUAAAGAGAUCUGUACUACAUUAGCAACAACGAUCAAUUCACUGCAUUAAACAAACCAGCACCUAUAUCAGCAGUAUCACCUGCCCUAUCCUCUACCUUCCUAAAACCAACCGAUCGAUUACCCAUGUCCGCCCUCGCCCUCAAAUCCCUCCUAGGCAUAGGAUCCCUCGCCGCCUGCCCUCUCGGCGUGGCCUACAUCCUCACAGCCGAUCACUCAACAAUCCCCCUCAAAACCCUCGCAUCAAGCAACAUCGAAAACCGCUUCAAAAUCUUUGACGAUCGCGCCCAAGACUCGCUCCCUGUGGCUGAGAGGAGACAUCGAGGGCAAAAGAUAAGGGAGGGGCUUGCUGUGGGAGGGGUUGUUUGAGUUGAAUUCUUGGGGGGUUUGGAGUGCGUGGAUAAGGAGGGUUGAGGGUUUGGGCUGAGAGCUAGUCUAUGUUACUGACGGCAUAUCUUGAGCUGCUAGUAGGACUGCGAGUAAUAAAAGGCGCGCGGAGCAUGGUUUUUAGAGAAGGCAUAGGAAUGUUUGGAAUUGAGCCGGGCGGGAGUUUGGCUAUUGCAUUUUGGAAGGGGAAGGUUGGAAGUUUGGGUACGAUGACAUUGAAGGCGUUCCGGGUUCCGAGACUUUGGACGUUGGAUGUGUACAUUUGGGAGUCCUGCAAUGUGAUGUUGUGAUUGGAGUUUGUUUCGGGUCCCGGUGGUGGAUAGUACUGUACUUGAUGCCUUGCGGGCUUGAUGGUAUAGUGUGUGUGUGUGCCCUCUUUCAGGAACCGAGUGGAUACAAGGAUACAAACUUCCUCUAAGCUAGGUUGUUUAUAUAGUAACUGCGACUAGAGCCCGCCUCGGGUCCCGGCAAUAGAUAGUACUAUACUUAAUACCCUACAAGCUUAAUACUAUAGUAUAUAUAUACCCUCUUUUAAG